AUGCACUUGGCAAGGGCAUCGUAUCCCUGCAUCAUCCACAGAAGCUUUCAAAGAAGCGUACAGCUCGCCCUCACACAGGUCUCCUACCCUCGAUUGCUCCCAUCGCAACGAAUUGUGCCCCACUUCCGCAACAGCAGCCAUCAGCAACGCUUCUUCGCAUCAUCGACCCCUGCUCGCCAAAGCUACCCGAACAACAUGUCUUCCUUCUUCAAUGUCUCACGACUACACGACAAGGUUGUCUUCAUCACCGGUGCAUCCGGAGGUAUCGGACGGGCCACUGCCGUCCUCUUUGCUCGCUUUGGCGCCAAUGUGAUCAUCACUGCUCGCCGACAAGAUGUACUGCAAAGUGUCGCCGAGGAAUGUCAAGCGGCGAACAAGGAGGGAAAGACUGGACACGGUGGAAAAGUACAUGUUGCUCAGCUUGAUAUGCAGCAGAGAAGCGCGCUGGACAAGGUGCGAGAGGACCUGCCUGACUGGGCCAAGGGAAAGGUUGAUGUACUCGUCAACAAUGCUGGGCUGGUCAUUGGAGUCGAGAAGGUAGGAGACAUCAGCCCGGAAGACAUCGACGUCAUGUACAAUACCAAUGUCCUCGGUCUGAUCCACCUCACGCAGCGCUUCGUGACCGACUUUAAGAAGCGAGGGUCAGGCCACAUUAUCCAACUGGGCAGCAUCGCCGGUCGCGAGGCGUACCCUGCUGGAUCCAUCUACUGUUCGAGCAAAGCAGCCGUACGUGCCUUUACCUCGAGUCUGCUCAAGGAGCUCGUGGACACCCCGAUCAGGGUUUCAGAAGUUCAGCCCGGAAUGGUCGAGACGGACUUUUCGACUACGCGCUACCGCGGUGACAAGGCUGCUUCUGCCAAAGUCUACGAAGGGCUGGAUGCGCUGCAGAGCGAGGACAUUGCCGAAGAGAUUGUCUGGAUUGCCAACCGCCCACCGCACGUGAAUGUCGCCGAGACACUGGUGUUCCCCGUGAACCAGGCGAGCCCGUACCAUAAUCAUCGACCAGGAAAGAAGGCGGCCUGAAGCGGAUUGAACGCGCAGUUGCUAUACAAGCAAUGCAAAAGCUCAAUGUGCCGAUCAUGGCGGUGUUUACGACUGUGUCACGAGAAGGGUGUAUUCUCGACUCUGUCUGUCAUGCUGGCAAUUGCUGCGACUUUGACAGACCGUGUCGACGUGGAAUCUUGACGACAUCGUCUCAGCGCUGGCCUUGCAUUUGACUCUUAC